AAUAAGAAGUGUGAAACACUUACUUGACGCCCGUCGUUAGUGACAGUUCUUCAUCAUUUAUCCUCAAGCGUCCAACAAAGGCGCUCUGCGUCGUCCGAGAUCUGUAGUGAGAUUAGUUUGGUUCUUUUUUAGUGAAAUCAACAGUAAGAUGCGGUUACCAAUCAAGUUGGCCAUUGCCGGAGGGGUAAUGUUUUUCGUGUCUAUACUGACAUGGGUGAGCUUUCCUCCAUUCCUCAGGUCUCAGUUACGUAAGCAAGUAGCGCUGGUACAUGGUACAGAGAUGCGCGAAUUCUGGGAAAAGCUUCCAUUUCAUUACGUAUUCAAGGUCUACCUAUUUAAUAUAACAAAUGCGGAGGGCAUCGAGAACGGGGAGAAACCUCACGUGCAGCAAAUAGGGCCAUACGUUUUUCAUGAGUGGAAGGAAAAGCUGAAUCCAGUGGACGAUGAAGAUGCUGAUACGGUGGAAGUCAACUACAGAAACACUUGGUUCUUUCAGCCGUCAGAAAGCAAUGGGCUUACGGGAAAUGAGGAGCUGAUAUUUCCACACCUAGCGAUGUUGAGUAUGAUUUUGAUCACGAUGAAUGAAAAACCACAGAUGAUCAACAUCGCAGCCAAAGCUGCGGACAGUAUUUAUAGAAAGCCAACCUCAAUUUUUAUGAAGGCGAGAGCCAUGGACAUCAUGUUUGACGGUAUAACGAUCGAUUGCACGGUAAAAGAUUUUGCCGGUGCUGCGGUAUGCUCGCUGUUGAAAACCGACACAAGAAACUUGCAUGUCGUUGGUGAAAAUAUGUACAAAUUUUCACUCUUCGGACAUAAAAAUGGUACGAUUAGGGAGGACAGAAUAAAGGUCACCCGAGGAGUAAAGGACCCAAAGAAAAUCGGAUACGUUGUAGAAUACAAGAACCAGACGAUACAGACGGUGUGGAACGGCGACGAAUGCAAUUCGUUCGAGGGGACCGAUACUACGAUAUUUCACCCAGGUUUAUACAAGGAUGAAAAUAUUAUCGGGUUCAGUGUCGAUCUUUGCCGAACAUUGGUAGGUCGUUACGUCAAGCCGACCAGCGCGGGGGGAUUUAAGACGAAUCAGUAUGUGUUCGACUUUGGAGAUCAGAGCACUGUUCCCGAGGAGAAGUGCUACUGCUUGGACCCAGACAAUUGCUUGAAGGCGGGGGCGCUUGAUUUGUACACAUGCCAAGGUACACCGGUAAUCACGACGCUCCCUCAUUUCUACUUGACACAUCCAUCCUACCUUGAAAACGUCACUGGGUUGAAUCCCAUACAGGAGGACCACGGUAUUAGGGUGGACUUUGAACCAUUCACUGGCUCGCCUAUAUCAAGUCGGCAGAGAUUGCAGCUCAAUAUGUUCAUAUUUCCAAUUCCCAAGUUCAAGUUGAUGAAGAAUUUUCCCUACGCGUUAUUGCCAUUGGCCUGGAUUGAGGAAAAUGUGGAUCUGCCUCCUGAUAUGAUAAAGAAAUUGAAGCUCGUCUUUCAUGUGCUAACUGCCGUUAGCUGUUUCAAGUGGCUCCUUCUACUUGGGGGUCUGGGACUCGGCGGCGCUGCUGGGGGGCUUGAAUUUAAGCGACGUCAGCUUGAAAAAAAGCUUGAAAUAACUCCCGUCGCACCAGCUCCUGGUUCGACAGACAGCUCAAAGAACAGUGGGGACGUCAAAAAAUGGCCGAUGAAUAUUUCCACGCUGCAACCCGCCGCCGUUCCGCCGUCCAUCGACGACCGAAAUUAGUAACGACAUUCUGUCGAACUCGUGCAGUUGUAAGCACGAAAAGUAUCUUUUGUGUAACGCUAGUAUGGUUACGUAUCUUUUUUAUCUGCGUUCCAUACGUAAAGUGCAUAAUCGUUUUUGCGACCCUUGAGACAUUGGCGUGUUUAAAAUUUUUUGUGGCGUGGUAUAUAAUAAUAUUGCCUGAAGCGUUUUAUUUCGUAAAGAUUGGGAUCCCACAUACACAUAAGCGUAGAUAAGCAACAAGGCGCAGACAAAAGUCUAAUCGGUGAAUUGUUCUAGAUAAAUACAACGAAUUUCUAAGACGGGUAAAAAUUCAUACAAUUUAUCAGGCAGUUAUUUUAUUUCAUUUAAAUAGAUUUGGCGUAAGAAAUAUCAUGAAAAUGUAUGAUCCGUUUCUAAUAUUUUAACCAACCAGAACUCUUUUGGAGUGGUUGAUUUUCCACCGCCAUAAGUGGCAUCUUCCGAUAUAUGUUGGGUCCUGAUUCUAAUAAGUGAAUUAUCAUCGAUUGUGUUGUACUAUUAACAAUUAAAUUCCCACUCGAGUAUAUAUGCGUGCAUUGUACCUAUAUGGGUCAAGAUAGGGGACGAUAAAUAUAAUGAUAAUUAUAAAGAUUGUGCGAUCUCAGACGCAAUGUGGUUAAUAUCUUGCUACGGACCGAUCUUAACAUUAAGAAACCAGACUUAAGUCCAAAUUCUUGGAUUCAUUUUACGUUUACAUAAUAGUUACAUGUAUAUGCAGUACUUGUUCCGACGCGACGGUCGUUGAAGUUUUAAAUUUAUUAUCACACUUUGCAGAAAUACGUUACACAGUUAAAUUUUACAGUAAGGAACAAUUAGAUUUAUAUAUACGAAUUAAAAAAGUUAAUAAAAAUUAAAUAAGAAGCUCUUACUUAAAUAGCCUGUACUUUUAGCUUAAUUCAUUAUAAUUGUUACUCGGUUUAUGCUGAUAUUCUUAAGUAUUCCCUCGUGAAAUUUUUUGUGAUUUGAAAUAAAAUUGUGAUGGAAUUUU